GUAGGUUUGUCUGGGUUGUGAUCAAUUGAACAAAAAAUGAGCUCAAACUGAAUUAAAUAUUACAGUAAUAGCACUAUAUAAAGCAACAUGAGUGAAUAUGUGCAGCUGUUUUUGAGGGCGUGUUCAUUCAUCAUCUAAAACAAACACUAGAGUGCUGAUGCUCAGUCUGGCCUAUUGAUUUCACAUCACAAGUUGGCAAUGCUGUGUUUACAUAGGCCUACCACAUGAUCUGUCCCAUUGCAACUCAAAGAAGUCCACUGGUUAAAAGUUCAUUAUUUUGGUAAAGUCUGUAUUUGGAGAAUACCUGCUGUCCUUUUAUACUCUAGAUUGACAGUUACAUGUACUGUACAUUUACACAUAUGCAGGCAACAAAGAAGUACCACAAACUACCAUGGUAAUUUUUUUUUUUUGGAGAUGUACCAUGGUAAUAUAGUUUGAAGUACUUUGGACUGUCAUGUAAAUGUGAUACAUGAAUAUAUACACUAUGGUAUAUGUCAAAAUACCAUGGUAUUGCCAUCUGUUAGCAUCACAUGAAAAAACAUGAAUUAACAUGAAUUUGUGUUAGCAAAUUAGCAUUGAACUGAUUUCUCCUAAUGUUAAAUAUGUUUGUAAAUGACCUUUUUCUCCUCAAGCCCAUGGCCCACACAAGGAACUUAAGUAUGUAUUCAAUUGGAGGAGUGUCGACGCGUAUCUACAAGGAACGCCUGCAGGCAGAUGGGAUGGGAACUAAUGACAAUGCGGUCAAGUUCCUGAACCAGGACUACGAGGAGCUGAAGAGAGAGUGUUUGGAGAGUGGCAGGCUGUUUGAAGACCCUUGCUUUCUCGCCGUGCCUCAGUCACUGGGCUUCAAGGAGCUUGCACCACACUCCUCCAAAACACGCGGUGUGCAGUGGAUAAGGCCCACUGAGCUGUCAAACAAUCCUCAGUUUAUAGUGGGCGGAGCCACACGUACAGAUAUUUGCCAGGGGGCCCUUGGUGACUGUUGGCUGUUAGCUGCCAUUGCAUCCUUGACUUUAAAUGACAGGCUGCUUUACAGAGUUGUACCUCAUGGACAAAGCUUUACGGACGAGUAUGCCGGCAUCUUUCACUUCCAGUUCUGGCAGUUUGGCGAGUGGGUGGACAUUGUGAUUGAUGACCGUUUGCCUGUGAAGGAUAAAGAGCUGAUGUUUGUUCACUCAGCAGAGGGAAAUGAGUUUUGGAGCGCCUUGCUGGAAAAAGCGUAUGCCAAACUGAAUGGCUCAUAUGAAGCUCUGUCGGGAGGUUCCACCACUGAAGGCUUUGAGGACUUCACGGGUGGAGUGGCCGAGAUGUAUGAACUGCGUAAAGCUCCCAAAGACUUGCACCGCAUCAUUGCCAAAGCCUUGGAGAGAGGCUCACUGUUGGGCUGCUCUAUUGAUAUCACUAGUGCCUCUGAUAUGGAGGCUGUAACCUUUAAGAAGCUGGUGAAGGGGCAUGCAUACUCCGUCACGGGUCUCAGAGAGGUGAAUUUCCGUGGCAGCAGGGAAAGGCUGAUCCGCAUCCGAAACCCUUGGGGGCAAGUUGAAUGGACAGGGGCUUGGAGUGACAAUUCUUCUGAGUGGAAUGGGAUUGAUCCAGCAGAGAGAGAGGAAAUGAACAACCACAUGGAGGAUGGCGAGUUCUGGAUGUCAUUUCAGGAGUUCAAACGUCAGUUUUCUCGUCUGGAGAUCUGUAACCUCACGCCAGAUGCUCUGAGUGAAGAUUCUCAAAAUUUCUGGAACACAAUUAAGUUUAAUGGCACCUGGAGGAGAGGAAGUACAGCAGGGGGCUGCAGGAACCACCCCAACACAUUCUGGAUAAACCCUCAAUAUAAGAUCACGCUGCUGGAGGAAGAUGAUGAUCCUGAGGAUGAUGAGGUGGCCUGCAGCUUCCUGGUGGCCUUGAUGCAGAAGGACAGGCGACGUUACCGCAAGCAAGGGCAGGAUAUGCACACCAUUGGCUUCGCUUUAUAUGAGGUACCAGAAGAGUUUCGUGGUUCCCAGAGCGUUCAUCUCAAGAAGGACUUUUUCUUGCGUCACUCAUCCUGCGCACGCUCAGAAUCCUUCAUUAACCUGCGGGAAGUCAGCACACGACUGAAGCUGCCACCUGGCGAGUAUCUCAUAGUCCCUUCAACUUUUGAGGCCGGAAAAGAGGCUGAUUUCGUGCUGCGAGUCUUCACUGAGAAACAGUCAGAAACUCAAGAAAUGGAUGAUGAGAUUUCAUUUAACCUGGAAGAUGAAGUUUCAGAGGAGGGCAUAGAAGACUCUUUUAAAAAACUGUUUGCACAGCUGUCUGGAGAGGACAUGGAGAUUUCAGUUCAUGAGCUCAGGACCGUUCUGAACCGAGUGGUUGCCAAACACAGAGACUUAAAGACAGAUGGGUUCAGUUUGGAGUCGUGUAGGUGCAUGGUCAGCCUGAUGGAUAAGGAUGGCAGUGCACGGCUGGGAAUUGUGGAGUUCCAGAUUCUAUGGAAUAAAAUCAGGAAGUGGUUGGGCAUUUUCAGACAGUUUGAUCUGGACAAAUCCGGCACAAUGAGCUCGUAUGAAAUGCGCCUCGCCGUGGAGUCAGCUGGUUUUAAACUCAAUAACAAGCUACAUCAAAUAAUUGUGGCGCGAUAUUCUGAUGGAGAUACGAUUGACUUUGAUAACUUUGUCUGUUGCCUGGUCAAACUGGAGGCCAUGUUCAGGACUUUUAGAGAGCUGGACAAAGAGGGUUCAGGCAUCGCAGAGCUCAGUGUUAGUGAGUGGCUGUACCUGACCAUGUGUGGUUGAUGUGUGAAGAUCAUAUCGUGCUGGACUAGAAGGGCCAAAAUUACUCCCUCAACUGCAGCUUUAAGCCAUUACACCCAAAGAUGCUUGAGCAAUCCAGUACAUAUUGCCUUAAACACAUCCCCCAUCACAUGAGCCUAUGGCACUAUAUGCUUUUUGAUUGAAAAAGGGAUUUCCUUAUUAUGCAAGAUGCGUUUAUCCAUUAUGAACCACUAAAUGUUACCGGAAAAAUAUAUUCUAGCAUUUCGAAGAGCAACUUCACAUAGCUUUAUGAUUAACUGCAUGCUACUAACCUUAUGCUGUAGGUUAUUUUUCUGUACCUCACAUAUGUAGCUUAACCUAGAAUUUGAAAUUUACACCGUUACAGCCUUGAUAUUUAAAGAAAUUUAAUUUUUAUUUGAUCCUGUCAGUGUAUGAUUUUGAUAGCAUUUAUGAUCAAUGUGAUUUGCUGUGCAAUUAUUUAUAUAAAAACAACUUGAGAUCUUAUAGGAUAUUCAGGGAAUUGUGCUACACUAGAUCUUUUCUUUUAUGCUGCUUCUUAAUGAAAGGAAAUGAAAAUAAAGUUUAAAUGUAACUUCUUGGUACGUUAUGGCUUUUUAAUGGUUGAUGAAUAUAUA